AAAAAUCCCGCAGUCAUAUUCACACUAUAAACUCUUCCCCCCCCAACCUUUUCCCCCCUACUCCGCCAAAUCGCCCAGAACGCACAUAUGAAGAUAUCCGUUGCUCUUGUUGCAGCACUGGCUGCAAGCGCAAAUGCCUCUCCCCUCCGUUUCAUCGUUGCCACUGAACCGGACACCGAAUCUCUUGACAUUGACAUCAUUAACCACGGCACCGAAUUUCCUCGUCUCUCAGCUGAGAAAUUGCCCCUAGAUCAGCUGCAUUCAGGCGUGGUGGCGGAGAAGAAGCCCUGUCAUGGUGCUCUCUCAAACUUUUUGGGUUACAUGGGGUGGAACUCGGCUUCCCAGUCUUCUGCUCCCUUCCCGCCAGCUCCCAGAACUCAUCGCGAUAAGGGAAAGGGAAGGCUCGCGAAGGACGAAUCAAGACUCAAGUUUAAACACAAACACCACGCCAAGUUGAUCAAUGAGCAACAACGUUACGGUCUUUUUGACACUCUUCGGUCCUACUUCCCAGGCUACACUCCUUAUCUCCUGGGCGGCGCUGCUGCGUCUUCCUCUACUCCAUCAGAGAACUUUGUUCCACACAUGAUAUCCGAGGAACUGAACACGGUCUACCGUAUUGACCUCACGCCGGAAAUUAAAUGGUGGCGACCGGCUAAAAACGGACAUAGGAAGUGGGAGGUGAAAGAAGGGAUGGGAGAGUGGCGUGCAGCAAAGAAAGGCGAGAAGCCCCCUCGAUCUGGGAAACAUAAAGGCCGUAAGAGUAAACAUUUCUUCCAAAAACUACGCCGAUCCCUGGACAGCCUCACGUUCCUCGAAUCUAUCGCCAUUGCUCUUGUAAUUGGCUUCGGCAUGGGAUCGAUCGCCUACAUGAUUAUGACGCUCUUUGUCCUCUGCUGCCGUCGUUUGGGCCUGUCCAAUAUAUCUGAUCCUCGAUCCGGGUUUGCAUCCAAGUUCGGCGGAAGGAAGAUGAGCAAGACGGAGCGUGAAGAGGAGAAGAAUGAGAUGGAUAAACAAAUGGUCGAUGAGAAGGAGGGGCAGGCCGAGGGGCAAUCGGAGAUCAAGCUUUUUGAAGGAGACGAGUUCAUCCCCAAAGGAACUCGAUUUGAGGAUGAGGACUUGCCAGAGUAUGAGGAAGGCGAGGAUGCGCCUUUCAUCAAGGAGAAGGAUCUUGGUGUUUAAAUUCGCAUUGACGUUUGGCUUCUUUAUUCGUAUAAUCAAAAGCUGGGCUAUGAGAAUACUGGUUGGUCGUUUAUCAAUCUUUGAUCUUUUCAGACUUUCUUCCGACUAUAUGUUCAUAAUCUUUUGAACUUUACCCAUGU